AUGGAGCCCCAGGAGGAAGGGAACCCGUCCCAGCUUAGAGAAGGCACUCAGGCUGCCGCAAACGAAGGAGCCACCAGUGCCCCAUCAAUGACUGCAUCGGACAGUCAGAUUGACGACACCCUGAGAGACCUUGAACAGCUCAACGACGCUGACUUCGGAGAGCGAUCAAAUUGGCAGCCCGACUCUGUUGACGAGCCGAAUCCAAAACGCAUCAGAUUCGGUGCGCCCGGGAAGGCCCUGGGUUCAGCAACCGGCCUGGGCACAGCGGCACCUCUGAAGAACGCGAUGAUGAGCGUCCCCAUGGACCCCUCGCUUCGGCCGACAGAACCGGAAAAAAGUGACAGUGAUGAGGAGACUGAAGACGACGAGGACGAGAAGGACGACCCGACGUUUGGUGCAGUUCCUGACGCCGCUGGGCUCGAUCAGGUGAUGGCGAAGUACUCGGGGGAGAAGAAGGGUCGAAAGAGCAAGGGGAUGUCGGCUGUCGACGUUGAAAAUGCGCGAGCGGCAGAGAAGGCAAGGAAGGUGACGGUGAAGGUGAACAAGAUCAGCAUUCUCCCCAAGCGGUUCCACAAACACCCCGACGUACACGACGGCUGCAUAGAGGUCCCCCUAGCGAUGUGCAAACCCGCCUCUGAGCUGCCAGUCUUGAGGCCCCCGUCUGAGCCGCUGGCUGAGAGGGUGCGCAUUUCGGAGCGGGUCCCCACAAAAGCGGCUAUCCGGCUGCAAACCGACGUCUUCAACAACCACGGGUACGACCCGAACAAGGGGUACUUCGUGGGGACGGCGACCGCGUUUGGAGACUGGAUCAAGCCGAUAACGGACGUGGACAGGGAAGCCAUGUGCGAGCCUCUCCGCAAGGACCUGGAGGAAUGGGAAGCCUUAGUGGUGAAGCGGGGGGUGGUGGAUAACGACCCUUUCUACCAGUGGAUCGGGGCGCACAUCCUGUACCAUUUCCUUUUCCUGGCAGACGGCAACACCAGAGAGGAAGGCUGGGUGGCUGCGAUCGAGAAGCUUGUGGGCAUCAUCAAGACAGUUCCACGACCCCGGAUGGUGGUGUUCGAGAUAAUCGAGAAGAACUGUCGCCAGAUCGCUCUCCUCUCAGAAGAGAUCAACAAGUCGGAGCUGGACGCAAAGGUCGUUACGACCCCGCUGCAGAAGCUGGCGUUGCUGCACGACAAGAACAGGAUGGAGACGGAGGAGGUGAAGAAGUGGAUUCCAGCAUCGUCGAUGGCGCUCCUGAAGGAGAAGCUGAACAUCAACCUGCUGAGGAAGAAGAAGGCCGACGCCUGCCGGCACAAUGUCCUCGUGUUCGUCUUCAUGGAGCAGCCUCUCCUCCUGAAGAAGCUGCUCGACUUCCAGUUUGGCACGGACCUGAAAACCGGGGAGGACCUGGGCCGGUUCUGGACGGAGAAGGAGAAGAAGACGGUGAUCGAGAUCGAGCAGAGGAAGAUGCGGAAGCAGGUCUCCGCUGCCGGAUUUGAGAAGAGGGAUGGAGUGGGGUUCAACUACUGGGAGGCAGACAUCCGGAAGAUGGUGGAGCUGCCGGAGCUCAGCCGAGAUCUGACAAACCUGGAGAUUCUCACUACCCUGAAGGAGCUGAACCUGGCAGCCUUCCUGGACGUGACAGUGCUGGGGCACCUGAAGCUGCGAAGGGCCGAUCUGCAGAAGAAAGGCCUGGAGCUCACAAAGGACUCGCUCGAUCCAUUCUUCACGUCUGUGAAGGCUCUCCAGGUGGCGGGGGAACUGGCAGUCGACUGGCUGGAGGAGCAGAAGCUGGUAGAGAAGAGGCCGGGGGAUCGGCUGCCUGGACAGAUGGGGAAGUGGAAAGGGAAGACGCUGGCAGGGCUGAUGGCAAACAAGAUGCCCCUCUGGGACUGGAUCAAGACGCUCAUCGAGGGGGAUUACUCCUCCGUCUUUGAGCACCCGUUCGCGUGGAUGGGGCAGAAGGGUCUGUCCUUCAAGUCCAUGCUGAACAAGGAGAUGAAGGAUGGUGGAAAGGCCAAGUGCCUGGAGGGCAUGUGGCGGCGUCUCCUGGUGCUGUACUUCCGAAGCUGCUUCCCCCUGCAGCUGUCUGACCUGCCCACAGACAUCGAGGACAAGUCUUCCCUCAAGACGAUGGCGGAGUGGGGUUACUCCGGCCUCCCCCGAGUGGUGAAAAAACACGCCAUGGACUGGGCGGGUCUGGAACCGGCAGCAGGCGCAGAGCUGAAGUGGUCCGCUGACAAGCAGACCUACUUCGCGGAGUGGGAGAUCAAGGCGUUGUUCGAGGGCGAGCGGCCGGGGAAGAAAAACUGGAAGGACAAAGAGGUGACGGACGGGCUGGGGAACGGGCCUCUUUCGUUGCAGGCGACGGUGGUCCUGGGGGUGGGCUGGGAAAACGAUUCCGGGGGUGUUCUGCCGAAGUGCAUUCCGGCAGAGAGGACGGACCCGGAGAUAGAGCCGGGAUUCGUGCAGUUCGUGUCACUGAGGAACCUGGCGCAGAGGGUGGGGAAGCCGGGGCCAGAGGUGAUAGGGGAGGAGAAGGAGCCUGCACCGAACGAGUCAGGUGAUGAAGAAGAAGAGGUGGAGAAAGAAGAAGGGGAGGAAGAGGAAGCUGUCGAGAACGAGGUGAAAGAGUUGGAGGGAGGAAGCGGCGUUGGGUUCCUGAAAUUCUUCGGGCCAAAGGGCGUGACAGUGGUGCCCAAGGUGAAAGAGAUCCUGGAGGCGUUGGGUUACGCAAAGGAGCUCGGAGAGAAGAAGGAGAUGGCUUUCGACGUGGAGAAAACUGGGGUGGACAUGACGGUCUUUUUCGUGCGGCCAAGGUCGAAGAAGGUGGCGGAGAUCGACGGCUCUGAGAAAGAGAUCCGCUGGCUGCCUGCGGAGGAGUUUGUGAGCGCUGUGUCGGAGAGAAUGGAGAAGGUGAUGGCGAAGGGGUCAGUGGCUGUGGUGGUAGCCCCGCCGGCGCUACCGGAGGCGUGGAUGGUGGGGCUAAAGAAGAUGCACGCGUCGACCUGGGGCUUCAGGCUGGUGGACAAGGACGGCGACCCUCUGUGGCUGCACGGCCACGACGGUACGUACAUGGAGGUGUCGUACUGGACGCCGGCUGAGGCACAUGGAGAGGUGAAGAAGACGGGAGGGGUUCUGCGCACACCGGAGGAGAUGUGCAGCUGGCCGUUGUUCCAGAGGGGAGGAAAACUGGAGACUUACACCCUCUUGUCGGAGCACGCCUACGACCUGCCGCGCGAGUUCUGGAACGACGCGCUGGACAAGACCAUAGACGCGGCGGCGUCAUCGCCGUCGGCGAUUGUGUUCCAGGAGGAGUACGGUGGCGCGUCGGAAUACUUGUCGAGGCUGGGAGUGGAUCUGCUGUCGGUGUUCUUUGCGGGGGGGAAGAAGGGAGACUUUCUGGAGAGGGAGUCAAACAAAAUCACGUGGGAUGAGGAGGUGGAGGUGGAAGAAGGAGGGGUGAAGGUCAAGAUGACGAUGGGUUACAGAGACCAAGAGGAUGAAAGCGAAAAUGAAUCAGGAGAGGACAAGAUGGAGAUGGAUGGAGAGGCAAAGGGCUUGGGGAAAGAAGCAAAAGUUGGAGACGAGAAGAGAGUGGCGACGGAGCUGGAAGAAGCGCCUGUGAAGCUUUCCCCGAUGAUGACAAGGUCAAGGAAGAAGGUAUCGAAGUAG